AUGCAGCAUGCCAGUCAUGUUGCUAAAUGUUUGUGCUAUGAUAAUAUCUCACUAAAAUCUUGUUUUAAAAUCAUUGUACUUUUACAGGAUCUGUUGUCAAUUCCUGACCAGUACUUGAAGAAACGUAAGAGAGGAACAAAUGCUAAAAAAGAGUUAGCUGUCUUCUUGAGUGCUAUGGAAAAUAUGGCUAUGCUCCUUGCACAUAAAUUGAAGAAGCCUAUGUAUAAAAAAAUGGACUUGUUUGAAAUGAGCCUGGAGGUGAUAACCAAACAACAGUUUGCAAAUGAAGUCAUAACUCUGAAUCAGACACAUGUAGAUGUGAAUAUUAAGGGGGACACAGUUGCUGGAAAUGAACAAGCAGAUUAUGCUGUUGCUGCACUAAUUACAUAUGAAGAUAUUUCAACUAAUAUGCAGCCUGAAAGCGGUGAAGGAAUAUAUGAAGAGGAAUAUAAAACAAAUGCAGAUGAUCACAUAAAUAGAGACUACGACAAUGAAGACUACAAACUGCAAAAACUUGAAUUAGUCUCCAGAGUAAUAAGUGUGACAAUCAGUAAUAUAAACAGACAUAGCCUAGCCAAUCCUGUAAACAUAACGUUUAAAGAUUUACAGGAGAAGGGUGAUAACCAGGAAAUUAGGUGUGCUUUCCUGAAUAAUACAGCAGUACAAACAUCUUGGUCUUAUGAGGGCUGUACAGCAGUUUACAAAGCAAGCAAUAUAACCUGUCGGUGUAAUCAUCUGAGCAGCUUUGCUGUAUUAAUGGCUCACUAUGAAAUUGAGAACAUCACUCUUUAUAUUAUAACCUACGUUGGACUUUCUAUUUCAUUGGUAUGUCUUGCUAUAUCGAUCUUCACAUUCUACUUUUGCCGAGCAAUCCAAGGUCCCAGGACCACCAUUCAUCUUCACCUCUGUGUAUGCCUGUUUACUGGCUACUUCAUUUUCUUGGUUGGCAUUAACCAGACAAAGAAUAAGGUUGGAUGCGGUGUAGUUGCAGGAUUAUUGCAUUACUUCUUUUUGGCUACUUUUUCCUGGAUGUGCCUCGAAGGAGUUCAGCUCUACCUUAUGGUAGUUGAGGUCUUUAGUACAAACAGUCUGAAAAAGAAAUACAUGUUUGCAUUUGGUUAUGGCCUGCCUUUAGUAAUUGUAAUUCUGUCAGCAUCCAUAAAUGCCAAAGGAUAUGGCACCAAAAAAUAUUGCUGGCUGUCACUGCAACGUGGCUUCCUAUGGAGUUUCCUAACACCAGUGUGUGUGAUAAUUCUAAUGAGUUCUAUCAUCUUCAUCAUUACAGUGUGGAAAUUAGCAGAAAAAUUUUCAAGUCUCAGUCCCGAGUUAUGCAAAUUUAAAAAAAUAAGGGCAUUUACCAUCACUGCUAUUGCACAGCUGUGCAUCCUUGGAUGUACCUGGAUAUUUGGAAUUUUUCAGAUUGAAGAAAAUACCAUAGCAAUGUCAUACAUUUUCACAAUAUUCAACUGUUUUCAAGGUCUGUUCAUCUUUGUUUUACACUGCCUCCUGAAGAAACAGGUAAGAGAUGACUACAUGCGAAUACUUGCCAACAUUUGCAACAUGAAGAGGAUGCCAAUAUACUCACAGUUUCCCAGCACCACUAAAUCAUCUAUGUCACAGGGCUUAAAAUCUUCACAAGAAACUGGAAUAUAGUACCCUGGAAUGAUCUAUUUGCUGCAGCUUUGCACAAAGAAUCUUUCUGUUGCAGUUUUACUCUUCUUUGAGCCAUUUGCUACAAGUUUUAGCAUUAUUUUCUAGUGAGUUAAGCACCCAAAAAUAACAUAAAACAACUACUUAAUUAUCCUUUCAUGAAGCUAUACAUUUUGCAUCAAGUACAGCUAACAAGCAACAUUCUGGAGAACAUCACCUAUGUCAAUGACUGUUAACAAUUCAUCAUGAUAUUAUUAAGUCUGAAAAUGUUUCCUGUGAUUUAAGGAAAUUUGAAGUGGUAAAAUUGUCCGAUAUAAUUUCAAACAAAAUUACAGUUUAACAAAAUGAGAUGGUACUCAAAAAAUCUUGGAGCAUAAAUGAAGUG